AUGGAUAAAGAAUUUUAAUGUUGUUAAUGUUAACUUGAGUUUAAUUUACAGGAUAAAAGUCCUCAUGUCCUCCCAUCCUGUGGUCAUUCAAUAUGUUAGUUAUGUGUGAAAUAAUAUUUGUAAUCGCAAUUGUAGUUGAUAUGCAACGAGGACAACAUCGAAUGCCAAGUGGACAGAGACUUCAAAUUCUUCCCUAUUAAUCAGAGCAUCAUUGUCUUAUUGAGAAAAAAACGACCUGUACAAAGAUGCCAUACUUAUGUAACUCCAGAAGAUGCAAUACCUCGAAUAUCAGCAGAAGAUGUUAGCGAAUUUUCAGGUGACAGCCAAUAAAACAUUUAAUUAAAUAAGAGCAUCUCUCAAUCACAUUCAUGUGAAAUAUUGCCAGCUAAAGAAAACUAAGGAGAUUUAUGCCAGAUUCAUUCAAAAACAUUAGAAUUAGUUUGUUAAGAAGAUGGAGAAUAUAUCUGUGUUAAUUGCGCGCUAUUUGGAAAUCAUAAGUUUCACAAUUAUAAGCCUAUUGACAUUUAUGUGAAAGAAAUGGAAUAGACAUUAAAUGAUAUUACCACAAUAUAUGAAGUUGUAAAAGAUAUGAGUUCUAAAAUUGAACAAAAGAAUUACGCAAAAGAAUUUGAAACCAAAAUGCUAUAAUCAAAGGACUCUAAAUUAUAAGAAAUAGACCUGAGGUUUAAUGAAUUAUUUAAUGAAUUAAAUUAAAUAAAAGAAGAGUUUAAAUCCAGAAUAGAAAAUAAUUACAAUAUCCAAUUCGAUAGUAAUAUAAGAAAAAUUGAAUCAGAAUUCACUUUAUUAAAAGAUCAAGCAGAUAAAUGGCUUUCGCAAACUGGACAUCAAUUAAAUUAUUUCUUUGUUGAAAAAAUUUAAAAUUAAAAGCUAAAAAUGGAUGCUAAGGAAAUAGGAAAUAGCAAAGUAAAUGGGUCCUAAUUGAUUAGCAAAAUAUAAUACUAAUUUUCUUAAAUUGAGACUUGUGUUAAGUUGAUCGGAGAGUAAUAACAUUUUUUCGUGCCUAUUGAAAACAUUAAAAACUAAUUCCCUCACGAAAAUAAAUAAUAGCUUGAUUAGUUAUUAUUGGAUAGGGAAGACAAAUUAACAGAUUCGGAUAUUAUUUAUUAGGAUAUUAAAGAUGAAAAAUUAACAUAAUCGAUGUACAUUUCCUAAUAGCCUACACAACCAGCUUCCCCCUAAUAUAAUGUGGGUAAAAAUAAUUAUUUCAGCCAAACAUUGACACCUGGAUAAUUUUAAAGAAAAGAUAGGAGUGUAACUAUGCUACAAACGGAACCUUCAGAAAUUUCGGCUCCAAACACGAACAGAAAUAAGUUAUCUUCAUCCAAGUUCGCUAAAGUCUAGAAAUUUAGUAAGGAUCCAAAAUUACAUGAUAAAAUUAUUAAUACCUUAGCUAUGUUUGAAAAGUUUGAAAUGAUUGAUUUUUCUACUCUUGAUGUAACUGAGCCGUUGAUUCAGGCAAUAGAUGAAGCACUCAAAAAUAGAAAAAUUGUCAAAGUCUUGAAAAUGAGUAAAUGUAAAUUAACUGAUGAUCUUUUUGCUAAGUUAUUAACAGUCAUUGAAGAAUCUAGUGUUACAGCAUUGCAUCUACAAUCCAACGCAUUAACUGAAAAAGCAUUAGAUUGUCUUUUAAACAUCGCCAAAGUCAAAAAGCAUUUUGAAUGCAAGCAAAUCUACUUAAAUGGAAAUAUUAACAUUACAUAGGCUAAAGCCAAAAAAAAGAUUGAAGAAAUUAAAAAGUAUGGUAUUUAAGUAACGAUUUGA